CCCGCAGGCAGCGAACACGCCGCAGCCCCCGGAAGGCCCGAGAGGGGCCACAGAUACUGCACCGCCGCUGUGACCUGAUCUUCGGGUUCAAUCCCGAGCUGGCUCGCGCGCGCCGCCCCCUUGCCCUCCGACCCCUGCCCCGGCGUGGCUUGUGUGCGUCGCAGUCGGCCGGGUGCCGACCCACGGCCCCUCCUCCGUCGGGGUCGCCGCCCGCCCGCGCGGCGGGCUCCCGCGCGGCGGCGGUGCCCCAGAGGCUGUGCGCGGCCACCGCCCCCAGCACCUCGCGGGCUGCCUCGCGCGCUUCCCGAUCCGCGGGCCCAGGGCGCCGCGCGGCCGCAGUGGGCACGCCCAGGGCCUCGAGGAGCGCGGGCGGCCCGCCAGCGGGGGCAGCAGCGAGGCGACCCACCGUGCGGGGGCCGCGGCGGUGUACCAGGGGCGCGCGUGGCACCCGAAGCUCGGCGAGAGCAUCCCCAUGCAGAUCGAGCUCCUCUGGGCCGGCGACCGCGCGAGCGGCGCGUGGUUCAUGCUCGGCAGGAGCGUGGAGGCCGUGGCCGAGAGGAGCGGCGAGUGGCACCUCGUCGUGCGCACCGCCGGCAGCGUCGGGUGCGCCACGCUCCGGGGGGGGUGGGCCUCGCACAGCCGGGUCGUCGGCGAGUUCUUUUUCGGCGCCGACGGCCGCGGCACCUUCGAACUCCUGCAGAGCCGCCCACCGGUGUCCCUGUCGCCCGAGCGCGCCCGCUGGGGCGGGAGCCCGUGCGGCCGCCCCUCGUCGGCGGCGAGCUGCCCGGCCGCCCCGGGCGCGCCGGGGCAGGAGCCGGCCAUGGCUGGCUCGGGGCCGCCGGUGGAGAGGGAGGCGGCCGCGGGGCCGCCCCCCGCCACGGGGGCCGCCGCGGGGAGGGAGGUGAUCUUCACCACCGAGGCGCAGCUCGCAGAGGCGCUCGCCGAGGUGCUGAAGGCGCACCCGAACGGCAUCGAUCUGGCGCACCUCAAGGCGACCAUCCGCAGGAGCUCGGGCCUGUGGGUCUGCGAGUCGUUCCUCGGCUACAAGAAGUUGACCGACCUCGUCAAGUCGCCAACCAUGUCGUCUGCGUGCCGGAUCCAGAACUCGGGUAGCUUCAGCCGCGUGUUUGCGUUCGCGGCAGCAGCUGGCAAGGCGAGCUACGACGCGCCAGAGGUGAACCCCGCUCAAAGUGUAUACUUUCCGCGUCCUUCUAGCCUGUGAGCGAAUUUGAACUCAUGGCAUGGCUUCGCGACAUGGAGCCUCCGAGUGGCAACCGAAAGCGCCAGCGGCAGCAGCUCAGUUUUUUGCGCAGAGCAUGGCGACACCGAGGAGAACCCUCGGCACCUCCCUGUCCUAUAGCUCACCCCCCCUGCCUCACUUCCGCUGGAGCGGAUCACCAACCUUCAUGCUGGCUCGAGACAGCAUUGAGUCUUGUGAGCACCUGGGGGUCUGGGACGGUCGCGGAACUUGUUGCGGGGUAUCAUUGAGGAGCCUCGCCAGAGCAGCGCGUGAACAAUCUGACAGUUGGAGCGUUUUUGAAUAGCCAUUUUCGAAACGGAAAAAAAGGAUCACAUUAGUAAUCCGACAGUUGCAGCGUUUCUUUUAAGCGUUUUUGAACGCGCGCACCCGCCGGGGCAUUUUUCCUGGCGGGGGCUGGCGGGGCGGACUGGAGCCGCCUGCACUGCGCCCGCCCCCUCCCUAUCCCACCACGCUCUCCGCCUCUGCCUCCACGUGCAUGGUGCCAGCUCGGCGCGGUGACCUUGGGAGUGGCAUGGGUCUCGGGGGAGGGAUCGGGGGAGAGGGACCGGCGAGUGGCGUGGCGGCACAGGAGAGGAGCUUGCUGUGGCCCAGCGACGUUUCACAGCAUAGUCCGGGCGGCUGCGCGAUGCACAGGACUCUGAGGGAUGCAUUGUCCAGCGACUAGGUGCUCUUGCGAAUAGCUUUUCAACAGGUCCGAGUUCGAAGCGGAGC